UAUUACUUAUCUGAUAUACUUAAGAAGAAGGAAAGUAUUUUCGCGGAAAACAAGGACUGUGCUAAGCAGUCGCACCCAAAGCAUCACAGCAUAGGUGAGACCGUGAGUGGAUGUAUAUGUGUGAGUGAUACGUUUUAAGACAAAGACCCUUUAAACUUGAAAAACUCAGAAAGUGGCCAAGAAAUUUAAAAGCAAUCUUCAAAGUUCUCUACUUUACAAAAAAAUGUGAAAAAGUAGCUUUUAAAGAAAAACAGAAAAAAAUGUUUUUUCAUUGACAAGUAACAUAAGAGAACGGAACCUGUUAUGUCUCCGACACCCAUUAUUGGACGAAGUAAAAACUUUCUAAAGAACAGUUAUUGUAUCUAACAAAACAGGUCUACUUCACUGAUUCGUUUGAUCAACAUUUUCUGUGAAAACAGAAUGAAUAAGAAAUGGUCAAGAGAAGUAACUAUAUCUGAAAUUUAUGUACCUGUUUGACUCCUUCUAAGGAAUACUUUUUAAAGCAAUAAGUAAAGAAUGAAAGCCCUUGUAUAAGACAGACACAGAAAAUAAAAGCCCUGGGGACAACGGCUUUGUCUACCUCAUGAUGUGGAAAAAAAACAACGUUUGGGUCAUGAUGUGAAACAAGGCAGUCAUCGUUAUUCUUUGAAAUCACAGACAUUGCCAUUUAUUGUUAUUAUAUAAAUAUAACACAUGACUAGAAAAAGAAACGAAAAAUUAUUUAUUUUUUUUACGAAUAGUUGUACUUAAGUGGAAUGCAACAAAAUCUUCAAUAUUUGUGUACCUGACAUCACUAAACAUAGAGGUGAAGCUAGGUGCUGAAACAAAUGUGAUACAUACAUAUAUUAUUUAAAGAAUGAAAUGUAUGUCUGACAUAACUAAACAUAGAGGUGAAGCUAGGUGCUGAAGCAAAUGUGAUACAUACAUAUAUUAUUUAAAGAAUGAAAUGUAUGUCUGACAUCACUAAGUUUACCUUAACUCAGACAGUUGUUAUAAUGUCGGCUGUAUUGUAAGCUAUGUCAUCAUAAAUUAAGAAUUUGAUAGUUUGAAGUCUCUUUGAUUAAUGUACUUGUUUUUUUUUUUCAAUGCUGACACACAUAACUAUAUGUACUAUAUGUACAUGACGCAAGCAUUAUAAUUUUUUUAACUUUUAGAGGAAUGCAUUCAAUAGAAAAAAAUGAUAAAAAGAAAUAGGUUAACUCUUUCUCUCCUAACUGACGAUACCAGCGUUGAUUCCACUAGAAUAUAAUUACGGAGAGAAAGAGUUAAUAGAAAAAAAAAUCUUCAUUUUAAUUUAAAUAUUAUAGGAGAUUUUUAAAAUCCACAUUGCAUACGUUUCUAUUUAACGGUGUAUUAAAAUGAAUACAGGGACCAUUCUAAGUCUCGCUUCUUUCGUUGUACCCAACCCGACUCCAUACAUUGCUGCAAAGCUGGUCAAAGUUUCAGCAAAAAAAGGUUGGAGUUCGGGAACAAAUAUUUUCUUAACAUUAUGCGAUGAAAGCAUUUUUGAUAAAUAUUUUAAAGAAAAUGGCGAAACUCUUUUGAUGCGUGCUUCCAAAGAUGGACACCUAGAAGUAGUGAAAGUGUUGAAGAACGGCGGUGAUAUUUUAGAGGCCAAAACAGAACGAGGGGAGACCGCGCUUUUUCAUGCAGUCUCCCCAAAAAAUAGCCAAGUUGUAGAAACUCUGUUGGACUUCGGCCUAGAAGUGAACGACAAAAAUAUAGUACAGCAGACUCCACUAAUGAAAGCCGCUUUGAAUGGUUCCAUUGACGUGAUGAAAACGUUGCUGGCUAGAUCGGCCAAGAUAAACGAUGUCGACGAAUGUUUAAACAGUUCUCUGAUGCUGGCUUGCGCUCAAUGUCAGCAGAAGUCUGUGGAGUUUCUUUUGGCUAACGGUGCUGAUGUCAAUGCUAGGAACAUCAACAAUGAGACAGCUCUGAUGUUCGCAUCGUUUCACAAUUGCCCGGAAAUCCUUUUAAGUUUAAUCGCAAAAGGCUGCAGUCUCGAUGAUCAAAACAAUGAAGGCAUCAAGGCAUUGAUGAUUUCUGCCUCUCUGGGCCACCUGGACAACGUCCGAGUACUGUGUGCUAAUGGAGCUAAAAUUGAUCUGUGUAAUGCAUUCGGUGGAAACGCUUUAAUGUACAGUGCCCAGAAAGGACACAACGAAAUUUUAUAUUUUUUAUUACUUUCAAAAGCACAACCAAAUAGUCAAAACCUAAAUGGGCAGACGGCUUUAAUCUUGGCUGUACAAUCAUCAUCUCGAUCCAUAGUAGAAGAUUUAGUCAGGUUUGGGACUGAUAUUAACCUAGCUGACAAUCAAGGCGUUACUCCAUUGAUGACAGCUUCCAUAACAGGCAACAAUGACAUAGCUAGAGUCUUGAUAGAAAAAGGGGCAUUCAUUGAUGCCAAAGAUCGGGAUGGACGAACAGCACUAAUGUUAGGAGCUGUGCACGGCCAUAGAACUAUAGUUAAAACAUUAUGCGAAUUCGGUGCUAAUGUGAACGAUGUAAAUAGCAAGGGUUUUAAUGCUUUAAUGGAAGCUAGUAAGAAUGGCCAUCCAGAAAUUGUCCAAUACCUAUUGCAAAAAGGGCCAGAGAUAGAUCGCAGAUGUAAUGCUGGGAAUACAGCUUUACUAAUUAGUAUUCUGCAUGAUCAGACAGAUGUAGCGAUGUUGAUGUUGGGCUUGGAAAAAGAAGUUAAUGUUAAAUUUGAGCAUCAACACGGUAAUAACGCUUUAAUGCUUGCAACUUCUCGUGGCCAGACAAAUUUACUCAAAUUCAUCUUGAACAUAACACGAAUCAUCGAUGGCGUCAACGACGAUGGGCGAACAGCCCUUAUGCUGGCCGCGUUCCACAAACAAAAGGUCGCAAUGAUUUUGUUAGUUCAAUAUGGUGCUAAUAUCAACAUCAAAGAUAAAUCUGGUGACACAGCACUUCUGGUUGCUUCGUCCCGGGGAUCUUCUGCAGCAGUCUUGCAUUUGUUAAAGUCUGGUGCAGAUGAUAUCGAAGUGUGUAACAACAAUGGCGAAACGCCUCUAAUGAAAGCUGCCUCCAACGGGUAUAAAACAACGGUUGACAUGUUAUUAAAAAAUGGCGCUAAAUUAGAAACUACAGACAAAAGUGGAUUUUCAGUACUGAUGAAAGUAAUUCAGAAUGGUCAUAUUCAGUUGGCUAAGUUCUUCAUUGAAAAAGGAGCUAGUGUUAAAGCGCGCAGCCUGACUGGAGAGACUGCUUUACACAUAGCGGCAAAACAAGGAUGUAGUCAAAUGAUACAUCUUUUGGUGGAACACGGUGCGGACAUCAACGCCAAAGACAAUCUAGGAGAGACAAGCCUCGACAAAUCUGUAACUCACAAUCAUUACGAAACAAAGAUCGCGUUGUUGAACAAUGGAGCAAACUCCAGAGAAACGGACAAUGACAAUGAAACAGCUCCAAUGAAAGCAAGUAAACUUGGUCAGAAAGAUUUAAAAGAAAUGCUGCUUAAGUACUGUGGGGGAUUGUCUAAAACCGAUAGGUGCGAUUACCCGCUUAUUGAUAAUCAAAACAACUCCACUGAUCAUUUAGAAACUUUAUCCCAGCUUCAAGAGUCUUUCAAUAGUAACUCAAAAGAAGUUGAGCUCUUCAUAAGAAAAAAUGCAAACAUAGAUGGACAGGGUAUAGAUGACUAUUCUUCUUUUCUGCUGCCUACUACAGCAUUAGAGAAUGACGCUCUAUCCCAGGAUCUGCUGCUACAUAAUGCUAACGAGAAUGUAAGAAAUGUUAAUGAGGGAUUAUCCCUAAUAAGCGCUCCCGCACAUGAUACGGUACAUCUUCUGGAUGAACAGCGUACACAAGACUACACCUGCCUCAUGAAAGCCAUUAGUUUUGCGUAUCAUGAUUUGUGUUUAGCUGUAAUGAACAGAAUGGCUGACGUUGAUGGUACAGACUCCAAAAAAAGCAAUGCCUUAAGAAGCUCUUCUAAAAAACUUAUUGCAAUGGUGCAACUGUUGCUCCGUCAAGGGUCAUUCAGCUGAACUGCAAGUCAAGUAGGAUGGAUUAAAAAGGCCGAGAGGAGUUGUUUUUUAAAGUUAUGUUUAGGCGAAUUAAAAAUGGAGUACAGAAAACGUUAUAAUAAUCGAGGCGGAUGCAUCCGGAAAAUGUCACACAAAAAAAAAAAAAAUGUAGGGCCUUAUUUAUUAAUUGCAUAUAAACCUGUAUACCAUGUACUAAUACAGUAACCCUUUGUCUUAUGCGCAUGUAUUUUUAUUAAACUUAAAUUAAAACAAAAACACUUUCUUUAAAUUUUGCAAGUUGCGAGUAAUUUUCGGCCCUACUUCUCAAUCUUUAAAAUAAAUGCAUUUUUUCUCCUGAAAUAAGUGAUUUAAUCUCAUUACCAUUUCCUCCCUUAUGUUUAAUACUAUUUUGUUUUGUUUUAUAAUACAUGCCUUAAACAUUUCUUAAAUACUGCGGGCAGGGAUUGAAAUUCAGAAAGUCGAAAUGGCAGACCAAAGCGCGCACCAGAAGACCUGGAAGCCAACCUGGUUUGUUUUCUGUGUUGAGAAAAUUUAUCAAUGUGGAGACCCUUUAGGGUCAAAACCUUGGCAUCUGCGCAGUCUUGCACUUUCGUAAUUCCGGCCCUGAAUACACUCGUGUAUUUUAAUCUAUAUAUUUCAAUGCGUUUCAUAAACAUAUAAAUAUUUUUAUGUAAAAAAAACAACUUAAAAACUCAAAGUGUGAUUUUUAUAAAGGAAACGGAAAGGGAGGCUUUGUUAUUGUUAUUUCGAAUACAUUAUUGUUUUCUUGGCUAUACCAUUGGAGCCAGGGGCGGACUGGCUAUAUGGGCAUUCGGGCAAAUGCCCGGUGGGCCGGUACCUAAAUGGGCCUGUAGGACCACAGUAAUCAUCUUUUUUUUUUUUUUUAAAUCACGUCUGUUUUAAAAGAUAAAUGUCGCAUGGAUGUCACUAAGGCACGUGUUAAAUUGUGGAAGGUUUUCUAGUAUUCUCUUACAAGAGGCCCUCUGAGUGAAGUAUUUAUAGUCACUAUAGGCAUGUGUAUCGAUACAUUAUCAAACUUGACAGAAUGAUUUUGAGGACAUGUUGACCUAGAAUUGGAUGUCCAUCAUAUAAUAUACAAUUUAUGGGCGGACGAAAUAUAGAUGCCAGGGCCGAUUUUGACACCCAGUCCGACCCUGAUUGGCGUUUUAAUUUUAUUGAGAAUCUAUUGACUAUUGCAGUGUUUUUCUGAACUAUUUCCUUAAAGGAAAACGUCGCACAUUCUGAGUAUUAAGUGGAACGCUUGGCUUCAGGGGCGGACUGGAUGUCAAAAUCGGCCCGUGCAAUUCUAUACAUUCUGGCCCACAAAUUGGAUAUCAGGGCAUCCAGUUCUAUUAGCUCUAGGUCUACCUGUCCUCAAAAUCAUUAUUUUAAGUUGGAUAAUGUAUCGAUAUUUGUAAACAUCCACUAUAUCUUAAUUAGAAAUAUAGACCUUAUGUUGCUAAUUAAUCGCUAAGUGUAGGAUGUAGACUAUUACAUUAUAUCGGAGAAUGUGUUAGAUUUAAUUAGUCUUACAUUGUAGAGUCUGUAAAACAUUUCUUUAAACACGACGUUCAGAGAGUCACUUUUAUAAGAGAAUAUUAUAAAACCUUUAACAAUAUAAUACGUGCCUUAGUGGCACCCAUGCGGGCCCUUUCGGUGGCCCAACAGACCCAUUUGGGUACCAACCCACCGGGCAUUUGCCCGAAUGCCCAUAUAGCUAGUCCGCCCCUGCUUGGCUUAUAUUUUUAGAGAGAUUUAAUUCACUUGACGGCCUACUAAUUAAUUGCUCGUGGAACACAUAUUCAGGUUUCGCGGAACACUAUGGUCCCAAGGAACAUAGCUAGGGAAUCAUUGAACUAUUGUGUUAAUACUGUUUUGUUUAUAAUUGAUGGACCUCAGUGAGGCGAAGCGCUUGGGUUUCUUUCCGAGGGGGGUCUGGAAGUUCCAAUGUAGGUGUAGACUGUGACUUCAGGGCUUGUAGCACACCCCCCUGAGAGCUAAACCAACUCUAACUGGCACGUGACAAAUUUGGGGGAAGUAAAAGAGGAUUGUCGUUGUGCUGGCCACAUGACACCAUAGAUAACAAUCGGUCAUAACUUACCCCUAUAGAGGUGCAAGCGACCUUAUAAGUUUGAUAUAUGCAAUAUUUGAUAUUUGCAGUAGUUUAUAAUUGAAAUAUUUGAUAUUGGAAUAUUAUUAUAUUAACGAUAUUUGAUAUUAACAAUAUUUGAUAAUUACAAUAUUGUAUAUUAACGAUAUUUAAUAUGAACAAUAUUUGAUAUUAUUAAUAUUUGAAAAUUCAUUUAACGCAAAGCAUAUUUUUUUCAUGUUAUAUUAUUUGUGUCUGGCAUUUGUUUGAUUAUUGCCUGCAUUGUAACCUAAUAUAUAUACUUUGAUUUAUUUAUAAUAAUUUGUCUUAAACUUGAGAUAUACAUUGGCGUUUUAAUUUUUUUUCAACAUUAUGUAUUACGUCUACGAUUUAAUAUAUUUUUCUAAAUGUACUUUUUCUAGAUUUGAGAGAUAUUCUUUUUUUUAUUAUUAUUAUUAUUUUGCAUUUUAUACGGUUAUAAUUGUACGUUAGUGUUUAUGAAACAUAUAUAUAAUUAUAUGUUACAGAACACUUGCGACAUUUUCUUGAGUAGCCGCCCAUCAUAUUUAUGAAUAAUAUUGGAUUCAUUGGAUUGGCUUGGCUACCGAUCAAGGAAGGUCGAGAUUCAACACCUCUACUCGAGCAGAGUUGUGUUUUUUGAGUGCCUAAAAGCAGCACGGAAAACCUUCUCCCAGAUACCCCCUCCUCUCACUGGUCCAGAAAGGAGAUUGGACCAUAGCGCUCUUUAAAUGUUAAAAGCAUUAAAGUUGUACAAUAUAAAAGCUAUUUCUCUACUAAUUUGAUUUUAUAUUACAUAGUAUGUUAUUAACUGCAUGAUUAAAUUUACUUUUAGAAUAUAAUAAACAAUAUGACAGA